ACGGCGCGAUACGCGGCGAUACGGCUCGCGAGCGGCCGGUGUGUCCAGUCUCUAGGCAGCCUCCGCCCGUGUCGUAUCGUUCUUUCCGUUUCCUUAGUAUAGUGUUUAACGCUUUAAUUUCUAGUCUGUCGCGUAACCCUUUACCACACAGUCACACGUACAUACUAUAUAUCGUUUCCACGAGUCAAAAUACGUCAAAUAUUCACCGCAAAGAAGACCAGUUUGUUUCAACAACAACAACAACAACAACAACAACAACAACGACGACGACGACGACGACGACGACGAACAAAAAUUCUACACGGUGGUUACAAUUUCGAAUCGAACAGAGACCAACGAAGAAAGCGAGAGAGAGAGCGAGCGAGAGCGAGCGAGUGAGAGUGAGAGUGAGUGAGAGAGUGGGGCAAGGAGAGAGAGAGAGGGUCGAGGAGCGAGAUAGAUUAAUGUGGUCCGAUCGAAGCGGGAGGAGAGAGAGGGACCCGUGAAUCCGUUGGUGGCGAGCAUAAAUGCCGAUUUACGAGCGCCGCUCGCGUCGUACUUUUCUUUCAUUGAUUUCCCCUUCUGUUCCGGGCGGCGGCGGUGCGAGAGAGCGUUGAUAGCGGCGUGCACGUAGCCACCAUCAGCCCUAGCCAGCCUCACCGGCCCCAACACACGCAAGCCCCGGCGGUUUCCAUAACUUGUCAGAGGAGCGAAAGACGAACGAAAGAGAGAGAGAGAGAGAAAGAAAGACCAAAAGAGUGGCCGAACGGAAUGCGAACGAAGGAGAGAAAGAGAGAGAGAGAGAGGGCAUUGCCGACUACACCCAGAGAGCAAUAAUCUAAGAGCGUAAACGUGUGAACGCAACACUAAACCCGGCCGUACGCGCGCGUCGGUGCUGCUCUGUGCUUGGUGCUCUGUGCUCUUGUGCUUUGGUGCUGUUGUGCUCUGUGCUCGGUGCUCUUGUGCUCGGUUCGGUUGCUCGCGUGCCAGGCGAAACGGAAGCGUCGCCGUACGCCGGCCGAAAGAGGGGAGACAGCGGAACGAGACGAGAGACACGGGGGACGUGGAAACGGACUAGCGUCCACCCGGGAGCAGUGGUUUCCUCGGUUUUCCGUUCUUCUGCUUCGGUUUCGUUGGUUCACCGCUACCUACCUACCACCGCUACUACUACUACUGCUACUACUACUACUACUACUACUACUACUACUACGUUCCACGGUUAUUUCAUUUACUUUUUCUUCAAUUCUCGUUUCGUCGACGAAUCGUUUUAUCCGUUAACGGUCGUCGUCGUUGAACGUGUCGUCGUCGCAAUUUCUUUCCGUUUCAACGGGCGCAACACACACACAGAUACAAACUAUAUCUAUCUAUCUAUCUGUCUAUUUAUCUCUCUCUCUCUCGCUCUUUCUCUCGCUCUUUCUCGCUCUUUCUAUACGGGUAUUCGGUGUGUGUCCUGUGCGUCGUCGUGCAUCCUGUGCAUCGAUCGGAGAGUAGACGUCGUCGGAUCACCGGCGAAGGUGAAGAAAAGUCGGAAGAUUUCGUACGUAGUUAGAGAGGUGCCGGUAGGAGAGUGCAAUGAUGUCGAACGGAAUGGACACGAUCGUGCAACAAAACGGUGGAUCCACCCUCGGACAGGCCCCGCAGGAAGAGUCCAAGACGAAUCUCAUUGUAAAUUACCUGCCCCAGAGCAUGACACAGGAUGAGAUCCGCUCGCUAUUCUCGAGUAUCGGCGAGGUGGAGAGCUGCAAGCUGAUCCGCGACAAACUCACUGGACAAAGCCUGGGUUACGGUUUCGUCAACUAUCAUCGGCCGGAGGAUGCCGAGAAGGCGAUCAACACGCUCAACGGCCUCCGUCUGCAGAAUAAAACGAUCAAGGUAUCGUACGCAAGACCGAGCAGCGAGGCGAUCAAAGGCGCGAACCUUUACGUGAGCGGUCUGCCGAAGAACAUGACGCAACAAGACCUGGAGAAUCUGUUCAGCUCGUACGGCAGAAUCAUCACGUCGCGGAUACUCUGCGACAACAUCACCGUACGACAGUUUGUGACCGGCAGCGGAGACUAUUUGCCCGGAUUGUCGAAGGGGGUCGGUUUCAUAAGGUUCGACCAGCGGGUCGAGGCCGAGAAGGCGAUCCAAGAAUUAAAUGGUACCAUUCCGAAGGGCUCGACCGAGCCGAUCACCGUCAAGUUCGCCAACAAUCCGAGCAACAACAACAAGGCGAUACCGCCGUUGACCGCCUAUCUUACACCGCAGGCGACCAGACGAUUCGGCGGCCCGAUCCACCAUCCAACCGGCCGCUUCAGGUACAUUCCACUGUCGCCAAUAUCCAGCACUGGCAAGGCCAUGCUUGCCAUUAACAAAGGCUUACAGAGUAGGUACAGCCCGCUGGCAGGUGAUCUCCUGGCGAACUCGAUGCUACCCGGGAACGCGAUGAACGGUUCCGGCUGGUGCAUCUUCGUCUACAACCUGGCGCCGGAGACCGAGGAGAACGUGCUGUGGCAGUUGUUCGGUCCGUUCGGCGCCGUCCAAUCGGUCAAAGUGAUCCGGGACCUGCAGACGAACAAGUGCAAGGGUUUCGGUUUCGUGACGAUGACCAACUACGACGAGGCGGUGGUGGCGAUCCAGAGCCUGAACGGUUACACGCUCGGUAACCGGGUGCUCCAGGUCAGCUUCAAGACGAACAAGAGCAAGGCGGCGUAGGACAUGGAA